AUGGCAGUUAAGCGAAUUCAAAAGGAGUUGUUAGAUCUUGGCAGAGACCCACCGUGUAACUGCUCAGCUGGACCUGUGGGUGACGACAUAUUUCAGUGGCAAGCGACAAUUUUAGGUCCGGCUGACAGUCCUUACCAAGGCGGUGUUUUCUUUCUCACUAUAACUUUUCCAACAGAUUAUCCAUUCAAGCCACCUAAGGUUGCUUUCUCAACAAAAAUUUAUCAUCCAAAUAUCAACAGUAAUGGCAGCAUAUGUUUAGAUAUCCUUCGAAGUCAGUGGUCUCCUGCCCUUACUAUAUCAAAAGUUCUCCUGUCCAUCUGUUCCCUGCUAACAGAUCCUAAUCCAGAUGAUCCUUUGGUACCGGAAAUUGCUCGAACAUUUAAGACCAACCGCUCAGAAUACAACAGACUAGCGAAAGAGUGGACAGCCAAGUAUGCAGAGUGA